ACGGCGUCCGCAGCACGGCCUGAGGUGCAGGCGCUGCCCCGUCCGGCUCUGACAGGAGAAGCCGAGAGGAAAGGCCGGGAGCGCGGGGCCGAGGGUUGCGGAGCUGCGGGGGGAGCCGGGGCACACCGGGGAACGGGAGCCGGGGCACACGGGGGAACGGGAGCAGCGGCCCCCCCGCCCCCGCUCACCCCGCACAGGCCGCGCGUGCGUAGAGAGAGGCGGCCGCGCGCGUGCGCGGCGGGCAGGGAGCGUGUCUCCCCCUAGCGGCGGUUCUGGCCUCCUCAGACAUUGGGCCCCGGGUUCGAGUCCCGGCGCUGCCCGGUGGCACCGGGCGCUGUGGGCUGCGGUGAAUCCCGGGCUGUGCCGCUGCAAAGGGUCCAGGAGAAGCGACCAUGUCCAUCGCCGCCGCCAACACCAGCAUGAGGGUGCCCGCCGGCUUCCGGAACCUGCUGGAGGGGCUGGCGCGGGAAGUGCUGCGGGAGCAGCCCACGGACGUGGUGGCCUUUGCAGCACAGUACUUCCAAAAGCUGCUGGAGAGCAGAGAGGCUGGUGGCAUUGACCCGGUGGCAUGGGGAGCCAUGCUGGAGGACGACCGUCUCACCUGGCCUCCUUCCGAGGACUUGAAAGAGGCCAAGGACACAGAGGGGUAGCAGGCAGCACCAGCAGGGGCAGGCAGCAGGCACAGCUCUGGAUCACUGUGAUUCCACCCCAAAACGAGUGGAGAGGAGCCAAAGGGGAGCAUGUCCCCAUAACCCUCAUGAACUGGGACGCCUCUCUGGAGAUGCAACCGCAGCACUUGCCCCAAAUCCCCCAUUUCCCACUGUCCAACCCCAAAACUAAAAAAAGCCCCUUGGUCCUCCCCUGGCUCCUGCCCUUUUCCCGUGGGUGGGUGCUGCACUCCCAUCCUGCCCCUGCGGUGCUGUUUUAAUGAGGAAUUUUAUUAACGAGGUCCCCGCUGUUAUUAAUGUCGAUCACCUGAGAUUUCUCCCCGAAAAAUCCUGGGUUUGGGGCUGAGCUGAGUACGGGAUGAUAUUUUUAGCCUCUAUAUUUAGGCCCCUGCAUCCCUGGAGGAUGGAAGAAACUUCAUAACAUCCCAGCGUGAAGGAAUGAUGUGACAUUGCUCCUCCAUAAGCUGAGAUACCUCCAUGGAAUUCUGGGGGGCACACAAGAGCCCCCCAGUCCUAUUUCCACUUGUCAAAUUCAUAUUUUCCAAUACAGCGUGGUUUCAAAAUCCCCCCCAAAAAGUGGGGUUUGCGUCGAA